GGCGUUUAAUUCAAAAUUUCUCAUUAAACUGUCCGUUUUAUUCGUCACGAAUGAUUAUUAUGUCAUGUGUGUGGUAAUGUUUCCACGAAACCGGAAACAGCGACUGACGGGCAGCGCGCGGAACACGGCAGAGGCGCGAACAAAAACAAACAGAAAGCGGUGAAAGAAUCCGUCCACAAGAGUCUCAUGUGAGCGUCAUUAGCUUGAUUUGACUGAUUAGCGGCCGGUUGCGUCAGUUUCCGUCAUUUACCUGCUGUGCUGGUGUUUUGGUCAGUGGUGGAGCUGGUCUGAGGUCAGUGCGGUGCUGAUGGCGGACAGGUGCGGUGCUCAGGUGUUCUGACGCCGCUCGCGCUCAGGCUUCUGUGUUUCUCCAGAGCGAUUCCAUGGAGGUCCGUAAGCCGGUUCUGGAGCUGAAGGACGUUCCUCCGCCUCCGCUGCUCGGCACCGGCUCGCACCCGUGUCUCGGGCCGCAGGCGCAGGCGCAGCCGGGCAGCCUCAGCGUAAGCGUGUGUUCCCGCUGCGCAGCCAACGUCCAGCUGCGGCAGAGUGCAGGCCUUCCUCUGUAUCUGUCUCCUCCUCACCCCUCGGCUGCGCAGACCCCCUCCGGCUGCGGGACACACUGCUGCGCACACGCCUGCGCUCUGCACUCUUUCCCUCUCGGUGACCCGUCCUCACCCCCUAACCUCUGCCCUCACUCUCUGCACGCUCACUGUCUGCAGGACCGCUGGAGGAAGAGUUUACACGCGGACUCGGAGAAGGUUUGGCCGAACAUCCCUCCGCCCGUCCCAGUGUGCAACGGCUGCGGCGACGGUCUGCUGGGGGUCCGUCUGGGCAGAACCGCGCAGAAAUACGGUGCUCCGGAGGAGGCGCUGCCGCCCAUCGGGGUGUUCUGGGACAUCGAGAACUGCGCGGUCCCCAGCGGGCGCUCGGCGGCGAGCGUGGUGCAGAGGCUCCGGGAGCGCUUCUUCCAGGGACACCGCGAGGCCGAGUUCAUCUGCGUCUGCGACAUCAACAAAGAGAACAAGGCCGUCAUCCAGGAGCUCAACAACUGCCAGGUGACCGUCGCACACAUUAACGCCACCGCCAAAAAUGCAGCGGAUGACAAACUGCGCCAGAGUCUCCGGCGAUUCGCAGAGACGCACGCCGCUCCCGCCACAGUCAUCGUUGUUUCAUCGGAUGUGAACUUCGCCAGUGAGCUGAGUGACCUGCGGCAUCGGCACGGGUUCCAGGUGAUUCUGGUCCACAAGAGCCAGGCCUCGUCUGCCCUGCUGCAGCAUGCACACCUGCGCGCCGCUUUCGAGGAGUUCGUCUCGGACCUUCCGCCCGGGAUGGUCGUCAAAUCGCAGCCCAGUUUCAGCCUUCUGUUUGUGCACCACCUCCCCACGCACCGCGACGCCAAAGCGGUGGCCAACCGUCUGCAGCGGCUCUCCACUAACUGUGGAGGGAAGGUGCUGGGUGUGUCGGGCAGCUGCGCCGUGCUGCGGUUCUCCAGCGCCGAGGCAGCCGAGCGUGCCCGCAAGCGCAUGGAGAACGAAGACGUGCUGGGCCACCGCAUCGUGCUGUCCUUCUCUCCGGACGGCCCGGAGGAGGAAGAGGAGCGCCGGCCCCCCGCCGCCUCCACCGUGUUCCUGCCUGUGGAGAAACCACGCUCGCCCCGGCGCCUGCGGGCGUCUCGCUCCUGCCACGGCGGAAGCCACGCCUCUGAGCGCCCCUAUAGCCACGCCUCCUCGUGCAGCCCUGUGAUGAGGCCCCUCCCCCAGGCUGUGAGUGCUGCGACCCGUCCUGCAACUGCAUCUCCUCAGAGUCUCACUGUCCCGUCUGCAGCCGGUAAACCAGCGGAGCCACCGCAGCGCAGCCGCAGGCGGGACUCUCCUGCGCAGCCGUUUCAGGUCAGCACUCCUUCAGCGUUCAGUAAACUAAGUUUGCAGCGGAGCUUCAGUCCCAUGAUGCUCUCUCAGAGCUCAUGGUCAUCACGGAGCGCGUCCCCCUGCCUGUCGAACCGCUCGUCUCCUCUGAGCGCUCCGUCCCCCAGCGGCUGCGCAGACGAGCCGUUCUCUGACGGAGUGGACGUUCAGGUCACUAAUCUGGACUACAGGAUGUCACGGAAGGACCUGCAGCAAAUACUGCGAGAUGCCUUUGCUAAACACGGCAGAGUGAAGAGUGUGGAUCUGAGUCCUCACACUGACUAUCAGCUGAAGGCGCGGGUGCACAUGAGUUCGCUCCAGCAGGCCAUCGGCGCCGUCAGUCUGCUGCAUCGCUAUAAAAUCGGCAGCAAGAGGAUUCACGUGUCUCUCGUCACCGGAGCCAGUAACAAAUCUCUCACCUGCCUCAGCGCCGAGAUCAUCAGCAUCCUGCAGGACGCUCCGGCCAACUGCCUGCCUCUCUACAAGUUCACAGAGACGUACGAGAGGAAGUUCGGUCGUAAGCUGGUGGUCAGUGAUCUGUACCGGCUGCCGGAGGUGGUGUGUGUGCGCGAGCAGGGCGGCGGGCGGCUCGUGUGUCUGCUGUCCAGCACUCAAGCCCGGCAGAGCCCGCUAGGAUCAGCUCACUCUCACGACAGUUCCAACACCACCAGUCCGGUUCUGUUCGAGGAGCUGGAGUACCAUGAGCCCGUCUGCAGACGACACUGCACUCAGCAGGACUUCAGUGAAUCUGAUUUUGAUCCGGAUACUUACAUGAUCCCAUUUGUUCUGGUGUCUCUGAAAGUUCUGGCUGCUCAUGUCCACAGUUUACUGCAGAGUCACGAGGGAACGUUACCGCUGCUCAGUUUCCCAGAAUGCUAUGCAGCAGAGUUCAGUCCUUUACCCGUUGCAGAGGAGGGGAAGCUGGAGGGAAGCGUCCCGUUAGAGCACCUCAUCACCUGCAUCCCUGGAGUCACUAUCGUAACGGCCCAGAACGGGUUCAAGAUCAUCAAGUGGAUUCACAACAAACCCCCGGCGCCCAACGCAGAUCCGUGGCUGCAGCGCAGUAAGAGUCCGGUCGGGAACCCACAGCUGAUCCAGUUCAGCCGAGAGAUGGUGGAUCUGAUGAAGAACCAGCCGUCUUGUUUGAUGCCCGUCACAAAGUUCAUUCCAGCGUAUCACCACCAUUUUGCCAAGCAGUGCCGUGUGUCCGACUACGGGUACUCCAAACUGCUGGAGCUGCUGGAGGCCGUUCCUCACGUGCUGCAGAUCCUGGGUCUAGGCUCCAAGCGUUUGUUGACGUUGACCCAUCGCGCUCAGAUCAAACGCUUCACUCAAGACCUGUUGAAGCUGCUGAAGUUUCAGGCCAGUAAACAGGUGGUGAUCAGGGAUUUCACGCAGGCGUAUCACUGGUGUUUCUCCAGGAACUGGCAGGUGGUGGAUUAUGGGAUGUGUGAUCUGAUGGACCUGCUGGCUGAGAUUCCGGACACGACGAUCACGGUCUCUCAGCAGGACGGUGACACGCUCAUCUCUGUUCCUAAGAGAGAGCGGACGGCGGAGGAGCUGGAGCGCACGCGGCAGUUUGGCAAGGAGGUGGUAGAUCUUCUGAGACAUCAGCCUCACUUCCGGAUGCCUUUCAGCAAAUUCAUCCCCACGUAUCACCACCACUUCGGACGCCAGUGCAAGCUCUCCUACUACGGCUUUACCAAACUCAUGGAGCUGUUUGAGGCCAUCCCAGACAUUCUUCUGGUGCUGGAGUGCGGAGAGGAGCGGCUGCUGGCGCUGACGGAGGUGGAGCGUGUUAAAGCCCUGGCGGCACAGCUGGUGAAGCUGCUUCGAGCCCAGAGGGACUCGGGCCUCGCUGUCAGUCAGCUGCUCAGUGAAUACAGCAAAACAUUUGGCUACAGCCUGCGCCUGCAGGACUACGACGCCGCCACGCUGCCCGCCCUGCUCAGCAAGCUCUGCCACGUGGUGAAGGUGGUGGACGCUCCCGAAGGGAAAGAGGUGCAGCUGAUUAACAGGAAGUCCCUGCGUGCCUUGACAUCUCAGCUGCUGGCGCUGAUGAUGUCACUUCCUGAGGAAUGCGAUCAGCUCGGAGUGGAGGAGCUGAGGAAGCGGUACGAGCUCAGCUACGGCGCGCCGCUCAACCCCUGCGAGUACGGCUUCAUCUCUCUGCCCGAGCUGCUGAAGAGCCUGCCUUACCUGCUGCAGCUCUCCGGAGACGAGCGGGACGACGGCGGAGCCGAGGAGAGCGUGAGGCUGACCAGACUUUACCAGUUCGCCCGUGACGUCCGUGCGCUGCUGCACACCUACCAUUAUAACCAGAUCUUCCUGUCGGAGUUCUGCGGCGCCUUCAGCAAAUACACCGGCCGAGAGUUUCAGCCGCAGACGUACGGCUACAAGACGCUGGAGGAGCUGCUGGCCGCUGUGCCCCAGGUGGUCUGGAUUAAAGGUCACGGUCACAAAAAGAUCAUCGUCCUGAAGAACGACAUGAGAGCUCGUGGCAGUCCUGUGGUCACAGAGAGUCCUGUGGUCACUGCAGACGAGCCGUGUCCUGAUGAAGAGCCCCGAUCCGCCGACAGCCCCGCCAGCGGUGAGAUGGAGCUGCUGUGUCUGGGCUCCGGUUCUCCGGUGGAUCUGCUGUGCGCUCCGGUCCCCUCCUGCCUCCCGUCUCCUCAGCUGCGACCCGACCCGGUGCUUCUGCAGCCCAGGGAUCUGAUCCGCUUCGAGCGAGAGCUGGUUCAGGAUCGGCAGCCUCAGCCGGCCAGCGUUCUGCUCACGGCUUCGGCGUCUGAGGACGGCUCGGAUCACGGUGCGAGUGACGCGGCGGAGUCCUCCAGCACCAAAGCAUCCGUCACAGACAGCCCCGGCCGGCGCACCGCACGCAGCAAGGUUAAACUAGCGGCUAACUUCUCCUUCACUUCUGUCCUGUCAGUCUAAAGCUGUGUGCGUCACGUGACCGCUGAUAUCACGAGGAAUAUUUGUGAAGCGUGUUAUUCUGAGGCUGAUGGACGUUCUGUGGUGAGUUUGGUGACUGUUCUGUGUUUGAGCUCGUGUUUCUCUCACUGCGAGGAGUUAGGGUUAGCCGCUCAUCCAUGUGCAAUUUGUAUUUUUUUUUUUUUUAGUUACUACAGUUGCUCGUUAUCAGUCGUUAGCUUGAGGCCUGAAUCGUGCGGACCGCAGCUGAUUGGUGGACGUCGCUCUGAGCUGCUGUGAACAGGAACUGUGAAUCGUGACGCUCUCGUCCAAACCUUCAUUAGGUGAAUCUGCUGAGACGUGCCGUCGCGUCUUUGUUUGCGACGUUAUUUGUGUUGUUUGAAGCACAUGGGCUCCGUCUGAUGAAAUGGAAGAAUGAGUUUGCUGGAAGUUCACUUUCUUUUCCGAUCUGAGAUCUCAAACGCUCACAGAUGCUUUUGUGUUAGUCUGUUUCAGAGCCGGAGCCCGAUACCGAAGGGCCUUCCUCCCUUUUAACUGAUCAAUUAGUCGCUUAAGUUCGUAUUGGGAAUGAAGUCUGUGUUUAUUGAAACUCUUACAGGAGUGUUUAGUUUAAAAUCGUCUCGGCUGCUCAUCGGAGGAGAUUCGCACUCGUCUUACAGUUUCACUGGCGUCCAGGUGAAUCAUGGGAGUCUGCGUGAAGAAGUUCAGUGGGCCCUCGUGUUCUGCAGGCCGAGGCAGUUUGUGGUUUUUACGGAUGGUUUUUUUGGUCCGGAAGUUGCUUUGAUAGUUCUAUGCACAUGGUGCAUAAACCCUUGUUUGAAAGCGGUCGUUUACGAGUCGCUGCAGGCUUUUACUGCGUUUCUUUUAUGCGUUUUGGCAGAAUCGUGCUAAUUAGAUGAUGUUAAUCAGUGUAGCUGCUCCUCUGGAAAUGCCAAGGUUGUUUACUUGAACCUUGAGUUGGCGCGUUCGGUUGAGAUUUGCUCUCCGAUGGCUUUUACAAUGGCUUGUAUCAGCCGUAGCGCUACGAGAGCGAGACGCCAGCGCGGGACUCCGCUUCUGCUAACGGCUUUGGGUCACGGUGAAGUUGAUUUUGAGUAAAUGUGUUUUGUUUUGUGUAUGUUUCGGCUGGCAGCGACACGAGGCGCUCGGACGUCAGCUGUCCGUGAGAAUCCAGCGUCUGACCGCGCGAGAAUCGCCCGUUUCGCAGCUGUGGAGCGCAUUAGUUUGUUUCUUUAAGGGUGGCUCUCUUUGGUCCUCGCAUCUGUUGACCGUGUUUUUGGAAGCUUUCUGAAUGGUACCAGCUGAAACUCUGAGCUGAAGUACGUGUGUCUCAGUGAUUUUAUGCAUGUUUGCAUAACGUUUGCCUCAUGCUGUUGAUGGAAAUAUUUGAUUUAUGCAGAGCAUUUAUUGCCCAGCAGAAAUGUGACGUACGUGUGUGUCUCAUCUUUAGCGUCUCUGUUCGUCAAGUGCCGUUUUAGUGUGUGUGUGUGUGUGUGUGUGUGUGUGUGCUCUCUCACUUCUAUCAGAUGACCACAAUGAACCCAGAAGUCUCUCAGAUUGUGACGUCAGCUGAAAUUCAUGAUCUUCAUGUGAAAUAAUGUGGACGUUCAGCCUCAAGACACUGGAGGUCUUGUAUGAUUUUAGUCUCCACCAGAAAGUGCUGUUAGGAGUUUUUUUAUUUCUAUGUAAUGACCAAAUUUCUGUCAUGUAUAAUAAAUAUCACAAGCAUCAUUUGGUGUCCUGCGUUCUGUUGUUCCUCUUGUCGAGGAUCGCUGCCUCUCUGAUGGUUUUCUCGGCCGUUAAUGUUAAUCAGCCGUUUCAGUCUUGAAAUGCAACUCAGAUCAUUUACAGAAGAUCUAACACGUUAGUCUUUACCUGCAUCAGUUAAACACAGAACUUGGUCAAAUUAGAUUAAACUAGAUGUUCGUGACCUCAGCUGCUGUAGAACAACACGUGAUUCAUUGACAGUCAAAGUCAGAGGAACAUAUACACAACAUUCAGAUUGAGAGUGAUCGUCACCGGACACAAACACCAGCAAGAAAAACAAGUUCUUGUGGAGAAUAUAUCGUUAAAUACAGCAGUGUUUUGAGCUGAUCCCAGGUACGGUGUUACUGUGAUCUGAGCUGAAGAUACCAGACCCAUCUGCUGUAAUGACAUAAAAUAGCCAUAUAUUUGUUGAUUUUGGAAAAUGUUUAUCACAUACUGUUGUGAAUCUCUGUGCUCAGAUUUCGAUGUGGUUUAAAUGGUUUAUUAAUUCUAAUAAAGCUAACGCUGUGA